UCACACUGUGCCUAAGUCACCCUUUUCUUUCUUCUACUUGCUCCAGGCUUCUAACAUCCUACACAUUAAUUUUGUAUCAAUUCUCCACAUAGAGAUAAUUAGAAUGGCCAAUGUAGUGGAAGUGAAGGUUGGUUUACACUGUGACGAGUGUAUCAAGAAAAUUUUCAAGGCCAUCAAGAAGAUUGAAGAUAUUGAGACGUAUAACGUGGACAAACCGUUGAAUAAGGUCAUCGUUACAGGCAAUGUCACAACAGAAGAAGUGAUUAGAGUUCUUCAGAAGAUUGGCAAGAAUGCAACCCCAUGGGAAUGUCCUCAACUCCAACCCAAUUGCUGAAUUCACAAUUCCAGUUACCAAACAUAGCCUUAAAGUUUUCUUUACCUCAAGAAAAGAAACACACGAUUAAUAAGGAGUGAAAUUAUAUCGUAUAUGUAGAGUUUGUCGAGGUAUAAUUAUAUAUCUAACUAUUUUAAUUUGUAAUUUUUGACCUUAAAUCUUCGAAUGAAAGCAUCUGAUGGAGUGACAUAAAAUGAAAUAAGAGAUUGAUGAGAAUAAUGAUUCGAUUUA